AUCGUGGCGGCAGCUGCUAGGGCGUCAGAGCAAGAAGUUGGUGAUUGUCGAAUUCCACCGCCAUGGCGGACCAGCUCUAUCUGGAGAACAUCGACGAGUUCGUCACGGACCAGAACAAGAUAGUGACCUACAAAUGGCUCAGCUACACACUAGGGGUCCAUGUUAACCAGGCCAAACAGAUGCUAUAUGAUUAUGUCGAAAGGAAGAGAAAGGAAAAUUCAGGAGCCCAGCUACAUGUCACCUACUUAGUGUCGGGGAAUCUUGUUCAGAAUGGAAACUCUUGCCACAAGGUUGCAGUAGUGAGAGAAGAUAAACUGGAGGCCGUGAAGUCCAGGCUGGCUGUGACUGCCAGCAUCCAUGUGUACAGUGUCCAGAAAGCAAUGCUCAAGGACAGUGGGCCUCUGUUCAACACCGACUAUGACAUCCUCAAAACCAACCUGCAGAGCUGCAGCAAGUUUAGUGCCAUUCGAUGUGCAGCUGCUAUCCCCAGAGCCCCUGAUGAAAUUUCCCUUUCAGAGAAAUUUGGACAGGCUGAUCCUCAGACAUCAAAUGAGGCCCUACCCACUGGUGGGCCUACCACCAAUGGCCAUGGUCCGCCUGCCACCAAACAGACAUCACAGCAUCCCAAAGGUAUUAUGGGAAUGUUUGCCUCCAAACUGGCUUCCAAACCUCAAGACACUAACAAGGAGACUAAAACAGAGUCAAAAGAGAUGUCUUCAGCAAGCAGCAAACCACCAGGGAAAGGGAAUGUGAUGAGCAAUUUUUUUGGGAAAGCUGCUAUGAAUAAACUUAAAGUCAAUUUGGACUCAGAACAAGCAGUAAAGGAAGAAAAAACAUUGGAACAACCUCCAGUUUCUGUCGCUGAACCAAAGCUGGCAUGCACUGGAGGCCUGAAGAAACCCAACAAGAAAGUAGAGUCUGUUAAAAUGCAGCAAAAGGAGAAAAAAAGUAGGGGAAAGCGGACUGACCUCUCGGAUGAUGAAGCAAAAGAAACCGAAAACCUGAAGAAAAAGAGGAGAAGAAUUAAACUUCCUGAGUCAGACAGUAGUGAAGAUGAAGUUCUGCCAGAUUCUCCAGAAGCUUAUGAAGCUGAGUCACCACCUUCAGGUCCUCCUCAAUCUCCCCUUCCUGAGCUAGCCCCGAAGACUGAACCAGAGCCUCCUUCCAUCAAGGCCUCAAGUGGAGAAAAGAAGAGAAAACGGAAGAGAGUAUUAAAGACUAGAACCUUUGAGGAUGAAGAAGGCUGCAUGGUGACAGAAAAGACUUAUGAAAGUGAAUCCUGCACAGACAGUGAAGAGGAGUUUAAAGUGAAGACGACGUCCUUACAGAGACCCCCCUCAGUGGCUGUGAAGAAAGAUCCCAAGGAGGAACGAAAGGGCCUCAAGAAGGGGGCAGCUGCCCCUGGCAAAGCCAACAGACAGGUGUCCAUUACAGGCUUCUUCCAGAAGAAAUAAACAGCCUCUUCCUACAGAGGCUGGCUGCUGGAGCAGGCCCUCCCAUCCCAUGUGUCCAGAUGGGCAUCCACUCUCUGGCUUGCUUACUGUGUAAGUGAGUACAUCUAGCUCCUCACCUCAGACUUAAAGGGGCAUCUCCUGGAAGGAAAGUACAAGGGCAUGUUUCAAAAGCCGCUUUUCUUCUGAUGACGUUCUUAUUCUAUUUAAAGCACAACCUUUGUUCAGUCUGUAGUAGAGAGAGGUGAUAGACUUGUUCAAGAAGUCCCUGAAUGACUGGUGUAUCCUGGCCCACCUACCCCUGUCCCUGCCUCAUUUGUGUUCCUCUUAAUACCUGCCUUUGUAUUCUGCCUACUUGUUUGGAGCAGCCCCUUGAACUUCAGUGGAUGAAUUCUCUCUCCUUUCUAGGCCCUUCUGACUGCCUCCUCAACCCCCCACCCCCAAAAGAAAAAGAAACAAGCCGUUUUCUUUCUGCCUUUAAAUCUUGAUUGGGCUUACUAAGCCUUAUAACAAAAAUCUCUGUAUCAUCUUCUUUUCCUCCAUUAUAAAAGUAUCCUGCCACCUGGCCCAGACUGGAAGACAGAUGACUUGUGUUGGGUCUCAUUCACAAAAGCCCUCUACAUCUUUGUCCCCAGCCCUUGGCUUGGGAAGGGCUCCAGACUGAGGGCCCGAAGAUAUUUUAUGAUUGUAUUCAGCUUGGCAAGAAGGCAGUUAAAGUUAACACAGAAGAUAUAGGAUGAGUUGUCAUGCUGCUGACAACAGUGAGUGUGUUCUGUUGUGUUGGGUGGCUUUUUUUUUCCCCAUCCUCUCUUAGCACCUAGAAAUUGAAGCCCAGCUAAGGAGGAGCCUUCCUGUGAAUCACAGGCAUGGAGGAUGAAAAAUCUUUGUUCUUCUGAAGGAAAUGCAACCUCAGUACAACUCUCCGGGGAGCUACCCUGGGUUGGGAAAGGUUCUAAGCCCAGAAACACAGAUGUUGUUUCUCUGCACCUUUUUUCAGCACCACUGUGUAUUUGCCCAGGAAAUUAGGGUAUACAAGGAGGCAUCUGAAAGGAAAAGGUACAUACACAGGUCAAAAAAGCAAGGGAAAUUUUUUAACUUGUUCUUUUGAGGGGGAAAGCCCCUAAAACAAUCAAUAAAUCAUUUAUUGUAAUUGUGUCUUUUUAAAAGGUGAUUUCUCUUAAGGUUAAUAAA